CAUCUCUUUCUCGUGCAGUGUUAAAGCAAAAGUACACAGAUAUGAUUCGUGGUUGUUAAACAGCAAGAACACACAACAACAACAUAACGGUUUCUGUAUAAACACAGUGGGUAAGCCGCCAUUACUGUAUUCUGAUUGGUGGAAAUAAAUUGGAAAACACAAACGAGCUAAAUUGGGUAUAAAAAGACAAUCAUCACCGUUUGCGGAUUCAAUUAAGGGCCUCGUGUUCAACGUAGAACAACGUCGCACACGUAUUGUUGUUAACUUUGAAAUAAUAAUAAAAACAGAAAGAAAAAAAACUAAUAAAAAAUACAAGUGUUUUUGCAAACUAAAAAAAAACAGAUUUUUUCUAUUUGAAAAAAAAACUUAAAUCAUUUACAGGAAUUCUGUAAAGAAAUAUAUAAAACAAACUAAAUAUAGUAGAGGAUUUUAGUAAUUGUGAAAAAUUUAUUUGCGUUUGAAUUUAAUGCAAUUAAUUAAUUUACAUAAACACAUACAACUUGUGCGCCAAUAUCAUCAAUUUAAUUAAUUGAAUUUGAUUUAAUUUUUACGCGCGCUACCAUUGAUUAAACAGUAUGAACGGAUUAAGUUACAAAACGAAAAACAUUUAAAUUAAACCAAAACAAUUAAGUUGAAUAAACGUGUGAAAUUUUUAAUUAAGUUUUGUGAACACAAAUAAAGAAACAUUUUAAAUAGUUCCUAUUUUGAUAAAACAAAUAAAAUAUAUAUGACAUGGAGCAUUCAGCAUUUGAAGAUGGAAUAUUUAGUGAUUUUGCAGGACCUUUAAGUCCUUUAGAUGGUAAACCCUUGACACCCACCUCCGCAGCCAUGACUACGGUAGCCCAUGGCAUGCACUCGGUAAUGCUAAGUUUACCUCCAGGAGCUACUGUUAUGCAUCAGAGCAAUAAUUCAGACUUGUGUUCGCAACGUUUGCCUGACUGUCAAACUUUACUGGCGGCCGGUUCACCCAAAAUGGAUCCUUAUAAAUCCUCUACACCCGAUUAUGAAUCUAAAAUGGAAUAUGUGACAAAAAUGGGUUGCUAUUCGCCCACACAAAAAUAUGAAUAUCUAACGAAUGGCAGUGCUCAAAAGUUGGAACAUCAUCAGCAAUAUUCUCCACCGCCACCAACCAGCAAUGGUUUACAGCAACAUCAUCAUAAACUACAAAUGCCUAGCCAUCAUCAUCACCACCACCAGCAACAGCAUCAUCACCAACAUCAUUCACCCAGUGCCAUGUUAAGUGAUUACCAUCAUCAUGCCCUGCACAGCACAAGCAAAUUGGAAUAUGAUCCCCAUCAUCAUCAGCAACAGCAGCAGCAACAUAUUGCCCACAUCUAUGGUAGUCCACAUCAUAACUCACAUCAAUGCCACGAACUCAUUAACACCAAUGGUUCCAAUGAGCAACAUAAUAUGACGUUAACCUCCAAUGGCUUAAUCAGCAAUAACUCAAGCAAUGGCAAUACCGACGGGGGACUUUUGCAACCCUCCUUAGGAGCCGGCGGUGUUGGCGGUCCUUCAGUCAUUUCUACAGCCAAUUCAAAUACCAAUAGUUUGUCUUCGUCCUCAUCAUCAUCUAAUAAUAAUCUUAACCCAUCACCCACUGGCGGUGGCGGUCUAACGAAUGGCAUGAAACUUAAUAAUAAAGGUAAACACGAUGAUAUUUGUUCGCCCACCCAUGCCGAUGUCAACAACACAAAUGGAGCCAACUCGGUGGGUAGUAAUGCUGCAUUAUCGAACAAUAAUAAUAACAAUAACAACAAUAAUAAUACGCCACCAGCUGUCAAGAAAAAUGAUAAAAAGAAGGGUGAUCCAAAUGGCAUUAAAAAGAAAAAGACAAGAACUACAUUUACUGCCUACCAAUUGGAAGAGCUAGAACGUGCUUUCGAAAGAGCCCCCUAUCCCGAUGUAUUUGCCCGCGAAGAAUUAGCCAUCAAAUUGAAUUUAAGUGAGUCAAGAGUACAAGUCUGGUUUCAAAAUCGUCGCGCCAAAUGGCGCAAACAUGAGCCGCCACGUAAAACCGGCUACAUUAAGACAAGUACACCGCCCAAUUCUGCUUUGAAUACAACAUUGGCGGCACCCUUUGCCGCAUUUCCACAAACAACGACUGUCACGCCGCCCGGCAGCAUGGAUAGCUGGACCAGUUAUCAGCCACCAUACGAAUUAAGUCCACAAUUUAGUCUAUUAUCGCCGGCAGCUAGUCCCUAUGGCACAUACACCAGCCAAUACGGCACUUAUGUGCAUGAAUCACAAAUCUUUCCAAUGCGUCACUUUGAAUAUGGAUCACCAACACGUGUGGAAAUGACUUCAACUGGGGCUGCAGAAGAUCCACAAAAAAUGCAUACACAUGAUGCGGCAACAUACAUGGGUCAAUCGCCCAUGAUGGGUGAGGAUAAUGGCAGCUCGGCUCAUUUGCAAGAUGUUAAUGCGGUGCAAUUGGUGCAUCAACAAAAUGGCUCAGAGCCAAAAUACAUGAGUGUGGGUGGUGGUGGCAGUGUUGCGCAGGCUAUAAAUCCUUUAGAAGAAAAUGGUUCGAUUGUUUGUCAUCUAAGCCGUGAUCCUCAACAGCAGCAAACAGGCCAAACGCAGCAGCAGCAGCAACAUGAUAAUAAUGGUGCAACAGUACUGAAACAACACAAUUAUACAAAUGUGGGCACACCGACGGCCACAGAUGAUGAAACGGCUUUGCAAAUAAAAAGUGAAGAGACUUCGCCCUCACAUCAUCAACAACAGCAGCAGCAGCAACAACAGAAUGGUGGAGUAUCCCACAGUUAUGUAUUGCCCCCUUUUUUGCAUUAAAAGAAAUGCUUGCACACCACAAAAACCCAUUUACGAUCAAUAAUCAUCAUCAUCAUCAACACAUAACGGAAAUACGUAAAAGAUGGCAGCAGCGCAAACAACAGGAAAUGAAUUUAAAGUUCAAACAUUUCCGGCGGCCAUUUUGAUAAUAGAAAAACAAGUGUUGUAAAUGGGUUUUAAUGAUUUCUUUUUAAGAAAUCCUUUGAAAUAUUCCUAAUCCUGGAAAAUUGUUUAUUUUUUAAAGUAUGCGCAGGUGCAAAGCAUUUCUCUUGUUAUAUAGUUUUUGUUUUUUUUUUAUUAUUAUUUUGUUUAAUUAUAUGUAUUUUAGUACUAAAUUCUUGUAGAGUUUUUUAACAACAAAAUCCAAAGUCUUGUCCAAAAGUCUAGAGUUAGUAAACGUUUUAAAUCUAAGUUGUAAAUUUCACCAAAAAUCAAUUGCAUUCCAAAUGUGCCUUAAAUUAGUUUUAGUUGCAAAAGCCUAACAGAGGUUUUAAUAAUUAAUCUUAGUCUUAAAGGGCGUAAAGAAACGAAAAAAAGAUUUAAAUAUUUAGUAAAUUGAAUCUCUUUUUAAAACUUAAAAGUUGGGAUUUUCAAUUUACAAGAUUUUCAAAUCGUUGUUCAUACCUUUACCCUGU